AUGGCAGAAUGCUGUUAUAGGUUUACCGGGCCUACUCCUAGUCUGUCAUUGCUCGGCUCUGAUUGGCAAGCCAAGGAGCGUAGGGCUAUAGAGGAGCGUAAGAAGGAUGAGUUACAACUCCAAAAGGCUGAGAGAUCUCAGCUGAAAAAGCAAGCUCGCCUGUACAAGCUUCAGGUAGCUCAGGAGAAGCGUGUUGAACGAGAGGCAGCCAAGGCAGCGAGGGAGAAGAAGAAGGCCGAACAGGCAGCUGAACGCGCAUGCCAAAAAUCAGAUCGCGACUCCAAAAAAGCUAUCCAACAAGCCCAAAACAACAAGCAUAAGGCCUCACAAGCCUCUAGCCAGAACAAGAAGCGUCAGAAACGCAUUGUUGCUGCUGCAGCUGUUGAGGAGUCCCCAGGGGCUGCACCAGCUCCUCCACCAGUAACCACCCGCCGCGGCCGCAACAUCAAGUUACCAAGUGUCGCACGGUUGAGUGCGGGUAUUAUAGACAGAAUAAUUAGAAGAGAGUGUAUUGUUCUAUUGAUUGUAGCAUCCUAG